CAGCAGACGUGUUUAAUCCCGCAGAAGCUCUGAACUCUCGGCUCUUCUGUCUGUUGAAUGUGUAUUGGAACAGGACAUCAUCUGAGUAAAUAAACAGAUUCAUCGUAGUGUGGACGCCGCCAGAUUUCAGACUGACAUGCUUCACAGUGCGUCUCAGGGACUGUUGGGGUUCUGUGUUGAAACCGGGAGGAUCAAAGUGAACCGAGGUGGAGGAAGGACCCUGUUUGUGCAUUGUGGGGGCGUAAAGCUGGAACCAGGCAGUCCGAACAGGACAAAUACACACCCACUCUCUCUGCUGAAUUGACCACCGACACAGCCAUGAUCCAUCCAGGGUGGAUUAUUAACCAGCCAACAGGGGGGCGGCGGUGGUUGAGUCCAGGCACUACGUGGUCCAGCUUAGAGAAGACUGGCCAUAUCUGUCUUUACUCUUAUUUUAUUCAUCUCCUCUUUUAAUCCCUUUUGUUCCUCAUCGUCUGUCACCACGUCAGACACAGGCCAGGCUGGUUGUUUGGAAAUGAAGCUGUGUCUUCUUCUUCUCUUGUUGUGUCUCUGCCACCUGGGACUGACUGAGGAGCCCAGUCCAGGAGCUCCUGAUGUUUCCGAUUCUGUAGAUGAAGAGGAGGACACGGUUCAUGGCUGUAGAGGAGGGCAGGUGUUCAGCCGUGAGGAACACCGGGUGAUAGGGGGCGCCAUAGAGCGACUGGGUUUACAGCUCCUGGAAAAUCUUCCAAUUGGUCCAAAGCAGCCGAAUGUCAUCCUAUCACCUCUCAGCCUGGCCUUUGCCCUCGCUCAGCUCACCUUAGGUGCUCGCAAUGAGACGGAGAAGCUGCUGCUGAAGAGCCUUCAUGCCCACGGUGUGCCAUGUUACCAUCAUAUACUAGGAAGCCUUGUACCUCAUUUCAGCAAGACGUCGUUGGAUGUGGCAACACGCAUGUACCUGAGACCAGGAUUUGAUGUGAAGUUGUCUUUUGUUGAGGACUCUCUGGCCAGGUACCGAUCACAGCCCGUCCCUCUGGUCUCUGUGGAAGAAGUCAACCAAUGGGUGGAGAAUGUCACCAACGGUCACAUCCCCAACUUCCUGGAAAGUAUUCCACAUGACGUGGUGCUUAUGCUCAUGAACGCUGUGUACUUCAAAGGUGAAUGGAAGACUCGAUUUGACCCCCAAGUGACCUCAAAGGGAGCGUUCUACCUGGACAGCCAGAACUCAGUGUCGGUGGACAUGAUGAAGUCUGUCCAUUACCCUUUACGCCUGCUGGAUGAUCCAGAGCUGGAGGCACAGGUUGCCAGUUUUCCGUUCAAGGGAAACACCAGUUUCUUAAUUGUCCUGCCCUUGCCAGGCAAGGAAAACGUGUCGUCAGUGCUUCCCAAACUGAACAUUUCCGACCUCUAUAGACGUCUACCUCAAGAGAAAACAAUGCAAGUCAACUUACCGAAGGUGAAGCUGCAGUACCGCCAGGAGCUCCAGGAGGCGCUGACCAGCAUGGGCCUCGGCUCUCUGUUUUCGGGUCCUAACCUCUCUGGGAUUUCUGACCAGCCUCUGAGGGUGACGGGCGUCCGCCACGCCAGCACAGUAGAGCUUAGUGAGGAAGGCGUGGAGGCGUCCGCCACCACGGUUGUGACCUCCAUGCGCUCCGUCUCCCUCUUCUCAGUCACCUCCCCCUUCAUCUUUGCCCUUGUCGAUGACGCCUCCUUGGCCCCUCUCUUCAUGGGCAUCGUUACAAACCCCGCCCCUGACAACGACCCCAUGCUCAACGACGGUCCCCUUGGCAACAGCACCAUGAGCGACCAACCUACGACGGACAGUGACAGGGAAAGAGACAUAAACAGCAAACAAAGCAGCAAGACAGAGUCAGCAGAAUGCAGCAGCAUGGCGUCGUGCAGCGCCCCCUUUGGUGAGAGAGAGCAGCCACACAGUCUAAAUGAACUGGAGGGAGGCAACGGGCAGAAGAAGACAGAAGACAGAUCCUGCUCCAAACCAGACGACUCUGUCCCCGCCUGAAGAGUGAAAUCUUAUUCGUUAAGGGAAUAGUUCGACAUUUUGGGAAAUAACGUUUGUUCUCCUUCUUGUUCAGAGUGAUCCCACUCUCAUGUCUGUGCGGGAAAUACGAAGCUAAAGCCAGCAACUGAUUAGCUUAGCUUAGCAUAAAGACUGGAAACAGAGGCAGAGACAGCUAGCCUGGCUCUAUCCAAAGGUAACAAAGCUCACUAAUUAUCUCGUUAUAUCUCAUUUGUUUAUUCUCAUCUAAUCUCUGCAAGAAAGUGAAUAAGCAAAUUUCCCAAAUGGUCAAACGUUUCCUGGAAAGUAAAUUCAGUCGUAGGACAGAGGACGAACCCCUUGGUCUUGUGUUGCUCAGAAGGCAUUGUAGUUUAAACAUGGGAAAAUACAAAUGCACUACAAUUAUAGUGAUCUGUAUUCAGUUUUAUAUGAAAGACUCAACAAUUUUAAAAAACUAAAACCUCGGGUUUACCAGAUUGGUGAUGUUUUAUGAACCUAUCAGCUUUCUGAUGUGAUAAAAGUAUUAAUAUACAGUGUUCAGUGAGUGUGUAUAAAGGAUAUAUGAGGCCUGUCAGUGAAUUUCAGGCUUUAUGCUGAUGCAAGAACUACACUGUACAUACACUGAGAAAACAUGAGACUGUGUCAUAAACAAAAGCAGUAUUCCUCCCAACAAGUUGUGUGCUAUGAUGUGAUGAUGAUGUCUUUUUUUUCUUGGAAGAUGUUUUAUCAACAAUGUGAUGAUUUUAAUUUCAUAUUCAGCCAGGGAAAAUAAAGUGUUGACACAAGA